CCGAUCACACCAGCAGCCGUUGCAUUGAAAACAUGAUUCCCCGAAUCGAAAAGGACGCAAAAUUAGGAGACCAGCUUUUUUUUUUUUCACAUCAUCUUGUGUAUUUACAUAACGAACUGUUUUAGAAAAGACACCCAAAGAUGGCUCUCUUAAAUCAACGGAAUUUGAGAUGUUUAUCAUCUGCGCUGAAACUGUCCAUACAGACACAACAUUCGGUACCACCCAUACCAAGAAGGUUCUUUACUCUAAAUAAAUCAACGAGAGUUUCAUACGAGGUCUCUGCACAAAGUCAGCCAGCCGUAGGAAGUAAGCAAACCUCUCCAGGGAUAACUUCAGCAACGAAUGACAAUGACUUCUUAAGAGUGAAGUUUAGCGAUGGAACCACAGGAGACUUCCCUUACUGCUGGCUAAGAGACAACUGCCAAUGCCCUCGAUGCUACGACCACAAAUCUUUCACCCGACGUCUAGUUCUGGAUGACUGGAGUGAUGAAGAUCGGCCUUUGGAUGUGCAAGUGGAUAAAGGUGGUGUCAUGAUUAGCUGGGACAGCGGACACAUAAGCCACUUUGAGCAAAGGUGGUUGCAAGAACGCUCCUUCAAUAGCACAUCGAGGUCUAAAAAGAGACACGACUUGGCUCUAGAAAAGGAACUUUGGGGUCCGGAUGUAAACAUUCAAGCGUUUGAUUAUCAUGCCAUUUUGUCCGAUGACAAGGCGCUCCUGGAUUGGCUGGUAGUUAUGGAGAAGAUGGGGAUCUCUGUAGUUCAAAAUACACCCAAAAAACCCAAAGCCUCUUUUGAGAUUGUUAAUAAAGUAGGAUUCAUCAAACCAACACACUAUGGGAUACAUUAUCCCAUACGCAACAAGGUCGCGGCAAACAGCCUCGCCUACACAGAUAACAAGUUGGGAAUGCAUAAUGACCUGCCUUACUAUGAAUACGUCCCAGGGAUCAUAUUCUUGCACUGCAUUACUCAGUUCGCGGGUCCUGGUGGAGAAAACGAUUUAGCGGAUGGGUUCUGGGUGGCUAAGUACUUGAAAGAACAUCAUCCUGAAGAAUACAACAUCCUUACAGAGACCCCUGUUUACUUCUGGAAUAAGGGUUCAGCUCUAGUAGAACAGGAAACCACCCAGUUUCAUAAGCUGCUCAACAUACCAAUGAUUGUUUUAAAUCGAGAUGGAAAAGUGAUCAGAGUUAAUAAUUCCCAACUACGAGACUCAUUCUUGGAUGUACCAGCUGAAAAAGUGAAGUCAUGGUAUAAAGCUCUCCGACUUUACAACAAAAUUAUGUACCAAGAGGCAACCAGAUUUAAGCUACAGGAUGGGGAAACCCUUGUGAUGGACAACACACGACUCCUUCACGGUAGAACAGCUUAUGAUGGAGCACUGGGAGAGCGUUAUAUGGACCAGGUCUACCUGGACUGGGAUGAGGCUUUGUCAAAAAGGAGAGUGUUACAAGAAAAAUAUGAUAUCUACCACAAAUAAAAAUAAUGCAUACA